UAUUGCCAAAUCCGUAAUCGAAAUGUUUACAUAUGCCGAGAAGCCAGUGAAAUUGUGAGAUAUUGAAUAGCCCGGCCAUACAUGAACCCACUUUCUAAAUAGAUAUGUAUAUUUUUCUUUUGAUAAAGUUAAUAUUAUUUAUGGAAUAAUUGCUACGACUAGACCUGCAAGUUACAAAAGGCUUCAUUUAACUAUUAAAACCCAUCCUAAACCAAUGUUAUUGGCUUUUCAUUAUGGAUGGCCAAGAACAGACGUCGAUAAAGGAUCCCUCGGGCGCUCAGUACUCAGACAGCAUAGAAGCCAGCCUCCCAGCCAUUUACACGAGGACUCUGAGGACAAAUCCAUUCAAACUCCCGGAGGAUAACUUCAUCCUCUUGAGAAACACGGAAAAUGAACAGAAGAAGCUGGAGUGGCAGCGACAACAGACCCUGAAGGUCCAUGAGAACUGUUCGUACGCUGGUCGGAUAAGGGCCAACUGGGAACGCAUUAGGCAGGACCCGAGGGAGGACCAGGAUGACGUUUAUCAAGCGUCCAGCCGCAAGGCUUUGUCCUCCCUCAGGGCUGACCCUCCGCGAAGGAAACCUGGCAUCACGAGUGAGCUGCCAUCAUGGCUUUGAUUACCACCAGGGUUUGGAGAACUUUUAGAUCAGGGGAUGACCCAGUAAUAUUUUGAGCAAUCCAGUUGUGGCUCCAGGCGAGUCACUGUCAGUGUUCAGAAUCUUGCUCAUUAGUGCUGUGUAACAUUCAGAACAUUCUAUAAAUUGCUGUUGGUCAACAAUCAGGGUUGUUUUCCAAGACUAUGAAGAUUUAGCCGCGGUUGUUUUCCUAGUCAAAUAAGUAUUUUGUGUUGAUGGAGUUCCAAUGCUUUAGAGGGAAUGUGUCCGCUUGUCUUCACCUAUGCUGAUUCAAACCAUUCAGAGUGGACAACAAAAGAUGCUUCUGUAUCCAGUGCUUGACAUUAAUUGAAAUAGGCACUGGUACUGAUUUGAAGUGCUGGUACUGUUUUGAAUGUGCAGAUGAUGGUUAAUAAAUGGACAGGCAGUAAUUAAGGAAUGUGUUCCCUCAUCAGGCUUCACUGACAGGGACAAUAUUAGUGACUAUAAAACCAAGAGAAGAGAAAUGUUUCUUAUUGAGGUAAGAUAUGAGUGUUGUUAUUGCAUAGUUGAGAAAUGUCAAAGCACUCCCAUGUUUCAGGAAUUCUGGUUGGAGGAUAGUUUAUUUCUGGGUUAUUCCCUCUAAAUUCUGGGAAUUCUCCAACCAGGAUUUCAGGAAAACCAGGACAUUUGUUUAUGGUUUCCGGAAUUUAAAUCUUCACUUAGUACUGUUUCACACCCAACCUACAUCAAACCACAGUUUCUCACUCACAAAACCCUGGAAUCAGUUACACUGGAAGUUAAUGCAGAAUUAUUUUUAUAACUAAAAUAUAUAUUUUCCCACCCAUCAAAACAUAAUGCUCCUGAGCUUUGGAGUUAAUAACAACAAGAAAAGCUGUUUCAUAAGGAAGGCAAGUUGAAGAUGAGGUAAGUGGAAAAACAGAAAGGCGCGAUUGUUGUUGUUGGUAAUGGUAACCCAGCGCAUGGCAUGGUUAAGCUUUGUGUGCUUUCUUCUUUUUUGCUUGAAGUCUCCGUUUAUAUGUGCCCAAAGUUUCCCUGAGCUAAGCCCGUCUGACCAAUUACCCAGACUUCGACAAAACCUGGUUUGUUUCAGUCUCUUUAAAAACGCACAUUUUCACCAGAUGUUCCCCUCAUUUCUUUUUCCGAAGCCUCAUAAAAAUAUGUCUUAAAAAAAGGGCACACUUACAUCAGGAUACGCUUGUUGUUGUCCAGUCAAAUCCAUUUCAAAAAAAGGUAAACAGAUAAAUGAAUAUGAAAACACCUUGGGGCGGUAUAGCUUACUUGAAAGUCCUCAGUCCCCAGGUCUUAAGCCGCCAUCCUAAUAAGUCCCCCGGAGUCACAUUUCGCCCUCUUAAGUCCCAGAACCGCACACAUUUACAUUUCCUGAGAUUACUCCAUCUCCGCACUAAACCAACUUACAAACAGUUCCCUCACAGAGCAGUCUGUUUGCCGCAAGGGAUUGACCGAUUCCGUUAGCUCGUAACAUUAGCAUAUCUUUCACGACAGGAUUAAUGCUUCCUGAUUCUCAGCGCAAUUAUGCCUUCAUUGUGACCUUUGCUUGUUUUAUCUUAACCUUGGUGUGCAACGACAGGAACAGCAGGCAAUCUUCGCUCCUCUGACCUGCCUCUGUUUUGAAUGCCUAAUUGCACCUACUUCCUCUGGUGAACAACCUUGACCUCUCCCUCCACAGUACUCCCUUGCCAUGAGAAGGGAGGGGAUUCAGAAGUUGUCCGAGGUUGCCUCCAAAGAGGAGAGGUGUCUGCGGCAGGCGGAGAGAUUUCUGGAUGAGAAUGCUACCAUGUUUGAUGACAUCCUCAAAGAGAAUGAAAAGAACUCGGUCCAGGCAAUAAAAAUUGCUGAACAGGAGACCAAAGCAAAACUGGAAAAGGUUGCCGAGAUCAAGGCGAUCUUGGGGAAAAUAGUUGCUGUGAAAAGUGACAUCUCCAAGAACGAGGAGAUACUGAAGGAGUGCGCCUUCUACAAUGUCUUCCUGCUGAAGCUUUCCCCCCCAGAGUGGCGAGAGAGGCAGCAGGCUCGCACAACAAUGGUGGACACGAUCAAAGCUUCCAUCAAGCAGAGGAAGGCUCAGCUAGCCGAGCCGGUCAAACCAGGCCGACGCAGGGAGAGUAUGUACAGGGAAUUGCCCCCUGUGUGUGACCCCAGAACUCCCCAGAGUCCAAGUGUGAUGGGGACCAGAGAGACUGUCAAGCAGGUUAGGAAGGAGGUUUCAGAGCCAGUGGACGAGAGCAGACUGUGUGAAUAUGAGGUCAGGAACCUUUUAAUGGGAUAUAAUUCACCCUGUCACACAGUGACCGUAGGCUUGACAUGCCUGGAUGGGAUUCAUGUCAGACCUGUCUGUUGUACUCGACAGGAACCAGAGAUUUACUUCACAGACCCCCAGCAGCUGUUAGACCUGCUUACUGACCUGGAGAAGCAGAACCUGGCCUUGAUCCAGUACUCCAGGGAGGCCGAGGAGACCCUGGAGGGGUUCAGCCACACUAUGGAGAACACCCGCAAGAAGAUGGAGCAGGAGACGAAACAGCUGACCCAGCAGAUUGACAUAAUGAAACACACCAUCCAGAGAGAGAAGGACAGGGUCGCUGAACUGGAGCUCAAAGCGCGACUCUUCUCUUACGGGGAAUACAAGGCCGGGGACCAGGACGCAAUGCUGGGGGCCCUGGGCAGGAAGGUUGUGGAGGUGUACAGGUGCUGUGUCGGGGAGAGCGGGGCCAGCCUGACCACGCUGCAGACACUGGCCAACAUCGAGGGCUUCCUGGAGGAGCUGCUGGAGAAGGUCGAGCUGGUUCCCAGGGACCUCAUCCUCGUGGCGGCCAGGGCCCGGGAGAAGGAGAGGAGACUCAGGCUAGGGGCGGAGAAGGCUCGGGCGGAGAAGGUGCAGCAGGAGAAGCGGUUGCUCAAAACCCUGGAGAGAACCCAGGCUGACGUCAAGAGACCUACUGGAAAAAGGCUGAUGCCUCGGUCGUUACCUCUGGAGAGAAAGCGGCUGGUGAAGCAUGAUAAUGACUACAAUGACACGGAGAUUGAGAAACAUCUCUAUUUCUUCACUUAGACACACACUCCCCUUUGGCCUACAACGUGGAUCCUGAUAAAUCAUUUGCAUGUGUGGGAGGGUUAAAAAUGUGUUCAGUCUGAUAAAAUCCCAAUUAA